CGGCCGCCAUGGCGUGGCUGGAGGUGGACCGGGCCUUCCUCCGCUCGCCGCGGGGCUCGCUGAAGAUCUCCCGCACGCUGGUGGCGCUGGCCGCCCUCUUCUGCUUCGUGGCCGCGGAGUCACACGAGGCCUACGCGGCGCUGGCCGGCAUGGAGGCGGGGAUCACCGUCCUGUUCCUGCUGCUCUACCUGCUGAGGCUCGACGCGCGGAUUCGGGGCCUCUCCUGGCCGCUGGCUGUGAGUUCCCGUGAGCUGCGAGUACUGGAUGUUUUGAACUCGGUGAUUGCAGCGUUGUUCCUCCUCGUUGUGUCCUUGUUCGCAAUAAUAAUCAAGACCAACAAAGGGACAUUGGCUGGAGGAGUAAGUAGGAGCAUUGUUAAUGAAUUUCAGUUCUUACAGUGCAGUGAUUUGAACCUCUUGGUACUCACGUUGUGGUAGGGCCAUGCAAACUGUCUUGGAAGAACACUCUCAGCAGUAGCAAACAAGGUACAUUCAGUGUAUCUCACUAAAAGAAAAUAAUCCUCACAUCACUGGUUAUUUAAAGAUGAUGCAACACUUGGGAAUUACUGCAGAGAAGUACUAAAACACUGAAAAUUUCUAGAGUUUUGAAGUAACCUACAUUUGCUAGCAUAGCUUGAAAUCCUGAGUGGGAGAAACCCUAGCUCUUUUAGGACUGUCCAGUUUAGUUACACUAGUUGAGAAAAAAUGCCAAGAGUCCUGCUAAAAAGAGUUGAAACUUUAACAGACACACUGGCACCUCCCUCGUGGCAUGUACAUUGUUUUUUCUGACACAAACUGAGGAAUUCUGUCAGUUGAAAAGAGGUUUUGCUCAUACUAUGAUUGUAAGACUUUUGUGUUCUUAAG